CUGGUCAUACAAUUGUUAGCAUUAUUUCAUUGCACUUAUUAUCAAUAAAUCUACAAAAAUGUAUGAAAUACUUCACCGACAAGAGGCGGCACACGAUGACGGCAUUUGGAGUGUCGGGUGGGCCCGAGGGGUGUCCGAUGGCAUUGAACACAUUGUUACCGGUAGUCUUGAUGAUACGGUUAAAGCGUGGAAAUGGGACGAUGUAAGUCUUGAUUUGAGAUAUAUCUUUGAAGGACACGCUUUGGGAGUGGUUUCUGUAGAUGUUGAUAGCAGUGGAAGUAUUGCGGCAUCCAAUUCAUUGGACAGUCAUAUCCUUUUAUGGGAUUUGGUAUCUGGAAAUCAAAUGCAAAGUAUAGAUGCGGGACCUGUCAAUGCCUGGACAGUCAACUUCUCUCCCGAUUCAAAAUUACUAGCGACGGGAACUCAUUCGGGAAAAAUCAUGUUAUAUUCAGUCGGAAAUCUAGAUAAGACCGAACAGAGCUUAGACUCGACCGGAAAGUUCACUCUUAGCAUAGCUUUUAGACCAGAUGGUCUUCAAUUAGCGAGUGGAGCCAUUGAUGGUAUGAUUAAACUAUUUGACAUCGAAACUGGAAAAAUGGUGACAACACUGGAAGGUCACGCAAUGCCUAUCCGUUCGCUGACAUUUUCACCCGACGGCCGAUAUUUGAUAACAGCAUCAGACGAUUGUCAUAUAAAGAUAUAUGAUGUGCCAACCGGUGAAUUGAUAUCAACACUUUCAGGUCACGGCUCAUGGGUUUUGAGCGUUGAUUUUUCUGCAGAUAACAGACAUUUUGCUUCAUCAUCUUCCGAUAAAACAGUGAAAGUAUGGGACGUGGAGGCCAAGGAAUGUGUCAAAACGUUUGAACAGCACACGGAUCAGGUUUGGGGUGUCAAAUACAAUAGCAAUGGUAGCCGACUUGUCUCAGUAUCGGAUGAUAAAUCAAUUAACAUAUAUAGCUGUCCCGUAUAAUGAAAUGUAUACCACAUCUUAUUGACUCUUUGAUGAGUGAAGACGAUCAGUGGAUGUGUUGUUAUCAUCAGAUUUUGUUUGAGAUACAAAUAGCUCUCCAUUUUCAUCCAUUUCUUCAAUUGAAUUUCCAGGCAACGACUCAACUGAUUAAAUUCAUUUUGUAAAUA